CCUCACUCCACUUCUGCCAUCUCUUCUCUCCCUUUCGUCUCGUCCACCCACUUCAUCUCACUUCUUUUCGUCAGGUCAUCCCUGCGGAACCCUGAUCGCCGUACCGCUCUUACUCCUCUGACACCAUCCCCGCCCCUGGCGACCCACGAAACCUUGCACGCGUUCCGCUAGUUACAUCACCCCCAGCUACGACCGACGACGACCUUCCGAACGACAUCGAUAGAGAAAACGUGAAGCUUCAAACGGAUACAAACAGACAAAGAAAGGAACAAGCAACGUCAAAACAACCAGAAUGGAGGGCUCUCAGGCUCCUGCCCCCCAGGCCCAGCCGCAGCCGCAGCCGCAGCAGCCUGUGGCCCCCCAGCACUCGAACUUGAUCCGGACCGAUCAGGUGCAGAAACUGCCUCAUCUCAAUGACCAGCAAAAGGCCCAGCACACCCAGUUGGUGCGCAACUUCUGGGAGGCGUUGAACCACGGCGACCCGCAGAGCCCGGAAUACCAGCAAGCCCACGCCCGACUCGCCCAGCUGUCCCAGAACCUGAUGAAAGGCAUGCGCGUGUACCAACAGAGCCGCCAGCUCCAGCAGCAGCAGCAGCUCCAGGCCGCCGCUCAAGGCCAGCCCGUCCAGCGGUCGCAGUCGAUCAACCCCCAGAGCUUCGCGCAGCUCCUUCCGCAGAUCCAACAGAAGGUCAACACCCUGCAGUUCUUCCUGCCGCCCAACAUCAACCCAGACGCCGUGCAGAACUGGCUGUCCGAGGCCAAGCUCCGGUACGGCAUCGCCCUGCAGAAACAGGAGAUCGGUCGGGCACGCGCGGCGGACGUACGAAAUCAGUUUGGCCAGCGCCAGAGCCAAGGCAAUUUGACCCAGGAGGAAAUCCAAGAGUACAAGAAUCGCCAGAUGGCGGCCGAGAAGCUUUUCCGCGAGGGGAGCGAUUUCCUAACCAAGUUCCGGGAACAGCAGGAGAAUUUCAAGGCGCAACAGCAGCGCACGGGCAUCCCCACCGCGCCGGCACUGCAACAGCAGCAACAGCCGCAGCAGCAGCAGCUGUCGCAGGGGACGACCGGUCCCGCGGCCACCGCGCCCGGUGUGACCGGUGCGAAUCCCCCGGGCGCGAUGCACCCGGGACAGGUGCCCACCCCGGCCCCCCACACCAUCAACUCCGCCGUGAGUGCGGCACGGACCCAGGCCGGCCAGGCGGCGGCCAUGUCGCCCUCCACGUCCCAACCGGGCCAGGCACCGGCCGGACAGACCCCGGGGGCGGCCACCCCCGUCCCACAGAUGAUGCCGCAGCAACCGCCGCAACCCCUCCAGCAACCCCCGCAGCAGAUGCCACCCCAGUCGCAACCCCAACCGCAACCGCCACAGGGUCAACCGCAGCCAGGUCCGCCCGUAUCGCAGGGUCCUUACGGCCAGGUGCCCAACCUCGACGGGUCAGCGCCGACGCCCACCGCGCAAACACCCGCCCCAGGGCCCCCGCGUCCGUUAUCCCAACAAGCCGCCAUGGCGCAAGCCGCGCAGAACUACACCAACACGGCAAACAACAACAACAACGCCCCGCUGAACCAAGCGCAGAGCAUGUCGCAGUCCGCCAGCGCGUCAUCCCACGCCCACCCGCAGGGCUACAUCCCCAACCGCUCGACGGAGAACACGGCGCGCAACAUCAAUAUGGUCAUCCCGAAGAACCUGAACGUGCCGACGCCCGAACCCGUCAGCAUGUCCCCGGCCCGGCCCACCCUCUCCGGCGGGCCCAGCCACGGCGCGAUGGGAAUGAUGGGCCAGCCGGCCAUCCAGAAGCACCCGGGCUACGUCCUCGAGGGCGAGGGCCAGCGUGUGUUGAGCAAGAAGAUGCUGGACAUCCUGGUCCGCCAGGUGACCGGCGGAGGCGAAGGCGAGGGACUCACCCCGGACGCAGAAGAGUUCGUCCUCCAAAUGGCCGACGACUUUGUCGACGACGUAAUCACUGCCGCCUGCCGCCUCGCCAAGCUCCGGCCCUCAUCGACCCUCGAAAUGCGCGACAUCCAACUCGUCCUCGAGCGCAACUACAACAUGCGCAUCUCAGGCUUCUCCACAGACGAUCUCCGGACCAUCAAGAAGCCGCAGCCCACGCAGGGCUGGACGCAGAAGAUGUCUGCCAUUCAAGCUGCGAAGGUCACGCAGGGGAAGGCCGAAUAGUUCAUUUCUUCUUUGCAUCAAACUUGGCGUUUGUUGCUAUUCUUUUCGUACCUCGGUUUAUUUUAUCUUUUUUUCAUUUUUCAUGAGUUGUUGGUUUGGUUUGGUUGGUUGAUUGGGUUGGUUGUUAGCUGGCGUCGGAGGCUUUUCUUUUCAUUGCUUUAUUAUCUUUGCUUGCUACUUGAUACUUGAGAUAGUGUCUACGGGGUUCCUACCUUACCCUACCUUAUCCUCCUUACCUUACUUAUAGUGAUGCAAUCCACCUGAUGAUUCUUUCUUUCUUUCUUCUGUCCCUUUCUUCUCCGUCUCUCUUCUUUUCCUUGUAUCCUUUCUUUCUUUUACCGCCCACAUGAAUCAAUGAACGAAAGAAC